AUGCUCCUGGAUGGGGUCCUUGACUUUGACCUCGGGGAGCUAGGAGAGAGCGACGACGAAGGACUCCCCACGGGGAAGGACGAUGCCAACGACUGGUCGAAUAUGACGGUCCUCAACAAGAAGCCCCAGAUUGCCCAACUCGGGAAGGUGUACAUGGAGGCCAUCCUGUCCCUCAAGUCCGCUUUGGGAACUUUCGCCAGAGUGCACUGUAACCCGGAAAGGCUGCCUCCGGGCGACGAGUCCACCUCUUCUGGGGACAGGGCGGCACGGCACGGUGACAUCAUCCCGAUCCAUCCUGGGCUGAUCCUUCCUUCGCCUCGGGGGGUCACCAAGGAGAAUGUGCAUUGGGUUCGGGCCAUCGUGACCGUCCUGAACUACCUUUACUGUGCUGCCUGGGCGAGUCCAGUCUGCGUCCCGAUGCCACGGGUGUUGGGCAACGCACAACUGCGGGUGAUUGGGAAGAUUGCCGCGCAAGUUGACCGCCUCCUCGCUCGAGGCGGAACGGUCGGACCGGCCCCUGAGGCUGUGAAAAAGCUUAAGGCAAAGAAGUUCGACUACAACGGCCAGCCCAUCGACCAUAUGCUCGACUUGGAAGCAGACAAGGUGAUCAAGGCAUGGCCCUCCCCCGGGUCUGCUGCCGUUGUGAGCCUCGAAGAGUGUCUGCCUCCGGAUCUGAGGCAGGCGAUCCAAAAUCCUGCCGACUACCUCCUCCCGGAGACGGAGCUUCCGGAGCGACACCGAGGGUCGAGGGUCAGGGCGUCGGACCAGGAAUGGUUCAAGAUUGUCAAGGCCGGUUACGACCGAGGCAUGUUCACUGCGGUGAAGGAUGAGGACGUCCCUGUGGACCGGCGGGGCUUCCUUAUCACAAACGGGCCCGGAGGUGUUGCCAAGAACAAGGUCCAGGAUGGAGUGACGGUGGAGAUGCAGCGCUUUAUCUCGAUUUUGUGCCCGACGAACGAGGCGAUGCGCCUCCUUCCGGGGGCCCAGGAUUCGCUCCCUUAUGUGGGGCAGCUCACCGCCAUCCUGGCCGAGAAGGACUCGUAUCUGACUCUGGACAGCGAGGACCUGCACUCCGCUUUCAACUUGUUCAGGAUGCCCCCUGCUUGGGCACCAUACUUCAGUUUUGCAAAGAAGGUCCGAGGCGAUGCCUUGGGACUUUCGGCAAGGAUUGAGGUGCGACCAGGCCUCACGGUGGUCCCAAUGGGCUGGACAUCGGCAGUCACCCUCAUCCAAGCAGCAGCAGCGAUCCGACACAUCUCGUAUGAGAUCGCCAGGGUCCCGUCAUUUGGGGACGUGAGCAAGGACAGGCCCCUUCCUUCAGAGGGCCCCCUCACGGUGCUCUAUCUCGACAAUUUUGAUGAGCUGAGGUACCUCAAGAAGGAGAUCGCCGAGGCCGAAGCCGGCCAGCCCUCAGAGAACCACUUGAAGUUUAUCACCGCGUGCGAAAUGCUUGGGCUUCCAAGGAACCUGGGGAAGCAACUGAGCGGAGCCCUUCAGGGUACCCUCCAAGGAGGAGAAAUUCUGGGAAAAGAGAAUGUGCUACGGCACGCUUAUGAUAAAACGGUCGAGCUCAUGGAGCUCGGUUUGGGGCUCAUGUCAAUGGAGUUGGUGGAUGAGUUCUGCCUCCGCCACUGGUGUGGUAAGGCCGCCUUCGCGGUUUAUGCCACAAUGGACUGGGCAAAGCAAGGAACCCAAGUUAUCCUGCCGGGCCCCGUCCUUGACGAGGUCCUCUGCAUGAGCCUGCUCCUCCCCCUGGCCGAGACGGACCUUUCGUCACCGAUCUCACCGGAGAUCUCCUGCACUGAUGCUUCGCCGACCGGGGGAGGCUGUUCGGUGGCAAAGGCCUUCAAGGAAAAAUCGUUGCUGCUGCCCCUUCCUUUGGAGGACCCGGGCACUUGCGCUGGUUGCGGCGCGUUGCUCGACCAACCGGCCUGGCGGACGUAUCGCUGCCCGAGGAAGUGCGGACUCAGGUGCUGCACCCUUCGGUGCACCCGCAAGCACAACGAAGAGUGCUGCCGCCGGUGGUGGCAUGUUCCCAAGUUCGGGGACAGAUUCGCAGGGAAGAACUUCCCAAUGUCGAAGGCAGCGGGCUUAAAGGGCAUUGAGGUCCAGCUCCCCUUGGAUUAUCAGAUCGAGGGCGACCGGUGGGACUUCAAAACGGAGCCGGGCAAGGAGCGACUGGACGAUUUGGAAGCCGAUGGGGACCUCAUGUGGACCCAUUGGUCCCCGGAUCGCCACACCUUCUCCAAGCAGCGCGGCCAAGGCUUCUGGAACGACCGUUGGGAAUGGGAGCGAGGCCUACCUGCUUUGCGCAACAGAGAUCACCCAGAAGGUUUCAACAACCUGCGGCGCCCAGACCUAGUGAUGGUUCGCCAGGCCAAUGCCAUGGCGAAGCGGGCUGUGAAAGGCCUCCUUGAAGCCCACCGAAGGGGGCGGUUCGCCUCGCUUGAGCACCCUUGGGCGUCCUACAUAUGGAAUCUCCCGGAAAUGGAGCCCCUCUACGGAGGAGAUUGGUUGUGGUCCACGUUCUCCCUAUGUUGCCACGGAGGAGAACGAGAAGAGUGGUUGACGGUGGUUCACAACUCACCGUCGCUACAUGCGGUGUUGCACAAGCCUACGUGUGAUGGCCACUCCGGGACCAUCUUGGGCUAUGACUACAUCGACAUCGAGAACCAGGAUGAGUACCCAUGGGCCUUUUGCCUGGUCUUCAUGGAAGGAGUGCAUGAUGAGCUGAGCGCUCGGUACUCGGAGCCCUUUGGCUGCCGGGCAAUGACCCUGGAAUCGCUCAUGCACCACCAGCUCAAAGGAGCGACCAGGGGACUUCAAGACGGAGCCGCCGUGGAUUGGGCUGUGACUCAAACGGUGCAAUUCUUGGACACCAUGGAUGCCGGGAAUGAAGCUCAGCACCUGGCCUGGCUCUUGAGGCACACGUACCACACACAGGGUGCGAUGUGCGAGUGA